AUGGGUCAGUCUUCUUCCUCCGUUUCUCCUAGAACUUCGAAACCUAGAAAUUAUCCUAGAAAUUCCCGUGGAAAUGAAGAUGAGAUAUACGCCAGUACGGAGACCACACAGUUGUUGACACCUGAGCCGGAGGUAGAUUUAGAGGGUAACGACGAAGAAACGAGAGAAAAUGGAAACAAAAUUAGGAGUACCCUUGUAGGAAGACAUGAUGGCCAUGCAUGUUUUCACCCUCAUGCCAUUGGCGAUAUAUGUUAUCCCCAGGAUGAAUUUGGGGAUCUACCGGUUUACAAGACAAUUCAUCGGAUAAGGAGAGAUAUUAUUUCGGCCAUUGAUGACCCAUACAGUUUAGAACAGCUCAGGGAUCCGAGACUCAAUGUUUCGGUGGUUAGACCAUUGGUGGAUAGGCUGUAUGAUUUGGACGAUUUGUCCGUCGUAUAA